AUGGCUGCAACGUCCUCAACAGCCAACGCCAAACAAAGUCCUGCCAAGAUGCACAGGCGCUCGCGCACUGGCAAGUAUAAUCGCGCAACCGGAAACGACGCUCGGACUCCGCUAACAGCAAGAGCAGGCUGCUUCACAUGUCGCUUACGAAGAAAGAAGUGCGACGAAGGCAAACCUGGUUGUCGCGCUUGCAAGCACUUGGGCCUUAAGUGCGAGUACAAGCGUCCGAUGUGGUGGAGCAUCAACGAGCAGCGGAGACAGCAGAAGGAAGUCAUCAAAAACAUCAUCAAGCGCACGAAACUCUCCGAGAAGACCAACCAGCCCGGUGUGCAGUUGAGCGCCAACACUCCGCCAAGCUUGUGCCACUCAUUACCAACUUCCGAUGGGUUCUCCGAUGUACGCACCCGGGCAGUUUCCAUCGAGUCUCAGUUCUCCUUGGAUUUCAACCACGUUUCUCCACCGGAAUUCUUUGAUGCCACCUCGAUGCCACCGCCUCAAUACACGCCGUACCCGCAGCAGCCUCUGUUCUCACCGUACGAAGUGGAUAUCAAGACCGAGCGACAGAUCUUCGUAAACGACAUGCCAACCCAACGAGAGUCGACGAUCUCGACAUUCAGCACGUAUCAGCCACCUCCUGUUCAUGGCACUCCAUUCCAACCGGACAGCUGGGUCCAGCAAGACUACUUCGAGAGUCGUAGGGAGUCCUUCACGGAGGAGCCAGUCGAAUUCAACUUCUUCGACUUUCCGCAUGACCCUUUCACGCCCGGUCAUCAAGCUCUGGUUCAGGUCGACGAUUGCGAUCAGCAUCUGCUCAACCAUUUCAUUGGAAAUGUGGUGCGACUCAUCUUCCCCAUCUUGGAGGUCAACCAGCACGGCUCAGCGCGAUCCGAUGUAAUCUUACCCGCACUCGAGUCGAACAAGACCUAUCUACACUGCUGUCUGAGUAUUGCGGCGCAGCAUCUGAAAGCGACGCAGUCCAUUGAGGGCGCAGAGAUUGAUAACGACAUCAUGCGCCACCGUUUCGCGACCGUCUCCGAGCUUUGCGAGGCAUUGAACCGCGACACCGACCACGCACAGAUACUCGAAGCGACUCUCGGCAUGAUCUUCUUUCAGUGCUCCGUUGGCCGCCCAGAUGACAGCCUCCCAGAUAUUCCCUGGCAUCAGCACUAUCAGGCCGCUACGAGCCUCAUCCAAAAGCUUGAGCUACCGCAGCAGUUGGUGCAGCUGAAUGGGAACAAUCAUGCACAGCCUCCUUUCAACAUGACUCUUGCAGCGUGGAUCGAUAUCCUCGGAGCUACAAUGCUUGGACGCACUCCAGUGUUCGCCGAUACCUACCGGGACAAGCACCUUGCGAACUCAUCUGCUGGCCUCGCCGAACUCAUGGGAUGCGAGGACAAGAUCAUGUUCAUGAUUUCGGAGAUUGCGUGCUUGGAAGCCCUGAAGCUGGACGGCAUGGAAGAGAUGCAACUAUGCGCUCACAUUGCAAUGCUUGGCGAGCAGAUCUCUCUCCUGGAGCCCGCUGCCGGAACAAUCGCCCACGUCUACUCUCCAACUGGCGCCAUCCGACCGAAGCAACUCGGCAAGAACAUGACCGCUGUCUACCGCCUUGCGGCGCGCAUCUACCUAUGCAGCCUGGUGCCAGACUUUGACCGAAGAGGCGGUAUGAUCUCGAACUUGGUCGCCGCGCUCACCGACGCCAUGUUCUACAUACCCGCAGGCUCUGAUGGAUUUGACCGUUCGCUGGUCUGGCCGCUGUUGAUUGCUGGAUCGGUCUCUCUACCCGGCUCCUCUUUCCGAAACAUGUUCUCUGACCGCGUGGGACGCCUUGGCGACUCUGCCGAGUUCGGCUCAUUCGGACGCAUUCGCGAGCUUCUGAAGGACGUUUGGCGCAUCAACGAUGACGCAUCCGCAAGGGGAGAGAUUCAGAGCGUCCACUGGCGGGACGUGAUGCGGCAGAAAGGCUGGGACUUCUUGUUGAUCUAG